CACCAACACGCUGAACAUCUCCAACCUCCGCAUCCUCACAAUGCAAACUUAACCCCAUUCCUCAACAGUCCUCCACUAAUGAAUCCCGUAUACGAAUAGUCUGUCAUUUCUAUUUGAAAGGUCUCUCCGUCCAACAUGGCUUCUCGUGCCUCUGCCCUCCAGAAGCUUCGCGAGCUACGCAAGUCGGGCAAGACACGCUUGGAAAGUUACGAAGUCGCCGAAGAAACCGAUCUGUACGAUGUAGUGGAUGAGGAAGGGUACAAGAAGGUCAUUCGUGGCCGGCUUGACCAGGACGACUUCGUUGUAGACGACAAUGGCGAGGGCUACGCGGACGAUGGUCGUGAGGAUUGGGAUGACCCCCAUCGGUAUGGCGACGAAUCUGAGAGCGAGCAAGAGGCUCCUACCAAGGGAAAGACAGCGAAGCGGAAACGCGAAGAGGAUGAGAAGAAGAAAGAGAAAACGAACCACGAUAUCGGUAAAUACUUCAACAACAAACAAGCAGCAAAGGGUCCAAAGCCCAAGCCCGUGGCGACAGCCGAGGACGCCGCAUUCAUGGCAGACUUGCUUGGAGACAUCGACACCAACAUCCCCAGCCGACGUGCAGCGCCUCGACCAGUGAAGACAGAAACUCGCCGAAAGACUCGUGUGCUCUCACCGCCGAUGUCCGAAAAUCGGGUCAAACCCAGACCCACAAAGACGCACAAUGACGAUACCCACAUGUUCGACACACCUCCCGCUGAGAAUGACUUUGAUAUGCCACCCAUCGAGAACGACGACGCCCCCAUGAGUGACCAGGUUCUUCCGUCGUCUCCGGUUGUCAAGGCAGUUGAACGGAAAUCACAGGCAAUCAAGGUCGAGGAGGAGGAUGACGACCUUAUGGAAGUUGCACCAGCACUAGGCCAUUCAGGCCCACAGUCUGCCAAGGUCAAUAUCGUUGGCAGUAGGCCCGUACCGAAACUCAUCAAGAAACCGACCCUACCUACUCCGGGCAGCUCUUCUCCCGUGCAUGCUCCUCCCGCGGACAUGCUGGACGCCGCCGAUCUGAAUAAUGUCACAAGCAAGCUGAAUAUCAUGAGCAGCCCCGCGCGAGAAAGUGUGCAUGUUGGGAAGUUGGAUCCGCAACAUGCAUUGGAGGAAGACGGCAGUCUGCGUAUGUUCUGGCUGGACUACACUGAAGUGAACGGGAGCUUGUGCUUGUUUGGCAAGGUCAAGGACAAGUCCACCGAUACUUUCGUCAGUUGCUUCAUCAAGGUCGACAACAUUCUCAGAAAACUAUACUUUCUUCCUCGAGAAAAGCGUCAGAAGCACGGUCGCGAUACCGGCGAGGAGAUCGAGAUGGGUGAUGUCUACCAGGAAGUCGACGGUCUGAUGUCCCGUUUCCGAGUGACAGAGCACAAAAUAAAGGACAGUUCCAGGAAGUACGCCUUUGAACUGCCUGAUAUACCAAAAGAAGCCGACUAUCUCAAGCUCAUGUACCCAUAUGAUAAGGCAGCCCUGCCUACUGAUCUGAAAGGAGAAACAUUUUCGCACGUUUUCGGCACGAAUACGGGUUUGUUCGAACAAUUUGUGCUCUGGAAGAACAUUAUGGGUCCGUGUUGGCUCAAGAUCGAGGACGCAAACUUCAACGCUGUCAACAACGCGUCAUGGUGUAAGCUCGAGGCUCAAGUCUCAAAGCCAAAGCUCAUUACCACGCUGGGAUCCUCUGAUAACUUAGAAGCCCCUCCGCUGACAUUGAUGAGUAUCUCGCUUCGAACAAAAUUCAACGAAAAGGAUAACAAGCCUGAAAUUCUGAUGGUUAGUUCCAGAGUCUACGAGAAUGUUUCACUCCUAGACACUACUCCACCGGAAAAGCUUCCUUGCAAAACGUUUACGGUCAUGCGGCCUGGAUCUGAAGCGUUCCCUCCUGGAUUCAAGACCGACACAGAGAAGCACCAAGGCACGAUCAAGCUGGAGAAGAAUGAACAGAGUCUCCUCAGCAUCUUCAUGGCAAUUCUGCAAAAAGUCGAUCCUGAUGUGCUUGUAGGUCAUCGCCUCGACGACUUUGACUACCCAGUGCUCUUGAACCGUAUGCGAGAGAAGAAGACCCCCGGCUGGCACCGGAUUGGACGUCUAAAGAGAAGUGACUGGCCGAAAAACAUGGGUAAAGGUGCUAGUAGUCAUUUCCUCGAGAAGCAGCUAGCUGCCGGACGCCUACACUGCGACUUAGCCAACGACAUGGGCAAAUCACUCAUGACAAAAUGCCAAUCUUGGAGUCUCAAGGAGAUGUGUCAGCUUGUCCUUGGAUCCGACAACAAUCGACAAGAAUUCGAUUACGAGGCUGCCCUCAAGACUUGGGCGAAAGAUCGCGCCGGACUUAUGAACUACCUGAAGCAUUGUGAGACUGAUACAUAUUUCAUUGCCGCCGUGGCUCUCAAGGUCCAGAUGCUCCCUUUGAGUAAAGUCCUGACAAAUCUUGCGGGCAACUCGUGGGCAAGAACGUUGAGCGGAACUCGUGCCGAGCGUAAUGAAUACAUUUUACUGCACGAGUUCUACAAGAACAAGUACAUCUGUCCCGAUAAGACCUGGGGCAGGGGUAAACCCAAAGCCGAAGAGGAGCAGGCUGAAGGCGAAGAAGGCGCGGACACUAAGAAGAAAGACAAGUUCAAGGGUGGGCUCGUCUUUGAGCCGGAGAAAGGUCUAUACGACAAGUUCAUUCUUGUCAUGGACUUCAACAGUCUGUAUCCCAGUAUCAUUCAGGAAUUCAACAUCUGCUUCACGACCGUGGAACGAGCGGACAUAUCGGAGGAAGAUGAUAAGGUUCCUGAGGUACCCAACUCAGAUGAAGAUCUUGGUAUCCUCCCGAAACUUAUUGCUACUCUUGUCAAGCGACGACGAGAAGUCAAGAAAUUGAUGAAGGAUCCCAGCGCCAAUCCAGAUCAACUUGCGACUUGGGACAUUAAGCAGAUGGCUUUGAAGCUCACUGCCAACUCUAUGUACGGGUGUCUUGGUUACACCAAGUCGCGUUUCUAUGCUCGACCGCUGGCUAUGCUCACAACGUUCAAGGGUCGUGAGAUCCUACGGCGCACCAAAGAUAUGGCUGAAGCUCGACAACUGCGAGUCAUUUACGGAGACACUGACUCUGUCAUGAUCAACACUAAUAUGGAUAACAUGUCGGAUGCUUUGAAAGUCGGUAACGAGUUCAAACGUGACGUUAACGACAGUUACAAGCUGCUGGAGAUCGACAUCGACAAUGUUUUCAGGAGGUUGUUGCUUCAUGCGAAGAAAAAGUAUGCUGCCGUCAACAUGGUGUCUAUCGAUGGCAAGUAUGUUGAAAAAUUAGAGGUCAAGGGUCUUGACAUGAGACGACGAGAGUACUGUGCACUAUCAAAGGAUACAUCUUCACAAUUGCUUAACUUCCUCCUCUCUGGCGAAGAUCCCGAAACUGUCGUAGAGAAGAUUCACGAAUACCUCCGGGAGCUUUCGCAAAAGAUGCGCGAGAACACCAUUCCGAUUCCCAAGUAUACAAUCUUUACACAAUUGGGAAAGGAUCCUAAGGACUAUCCUAAUGGCAACAGCAUGCCUUCAGUUCAGGUCGCGUUGCGUCAAAUCGCCAAGGGCAAACACGUUCGAGCAAAGGACGUCAUGUCCUUUGUGAUUACUGGGGAGUCGAAUGGAUCUGCAGAAGGAGCUGCAAGGCACGCAUUUACUCCAGAAGAGAUCCGAGCUGAUCCCACGCUCAAGCCCGACGUGGACUACUAUUUGCACAAGCAGAUACUUCCACCUGUCGAGCGUCUAUGCGCACCAAUUUCCGGAACCAACAUUACCCGACUUGCGGAGUGCUUAGGCCUGGACACAUCCAAAUAUCGAAUCUCUCCUGUCGGUGGUAACAGCACUCAGAGUGAAGAAUUCAGCAUCCAUCCUCUAGAAUCGCAGAUCCCCGACUCGGAGCGCUUUAAAGAGUGCUCCCCAAUUAUCCUCCGCUGUCGACAUUGCACCUCUUCUGCCCCCUUCUUUGGCUUCGUCCCCUCCAAAUCUUCUUCGGGCACCACUCUCGCCAUGACGCACACAGGCGUUACCUGCGCCAACAUUGCUUGCGGCAAGCAGAUCGAGUCAUACAGCAUCAUCGCUCAAUUGGAGUCUCAAAUCCGCCAGCAUGUCGCCCGAUACUAUGCCGGCUGGCUCGUCUGCACUGAUCCCGAUUGCAGCAGCCGAACACGCCAGAUGAGCGUUUAUGGGCAUCGCUGCCUAGGCCCUCGCGGCCUUGGAUCUGGCUGCCUCGGCAAGAUGCAGUGGGAGUACACGGAGCGUGCGUUGUACAAUCAGUUGCUGUACUCACAAGCUGUUUUCGAUGUCGAUCGGGCGACAAAGGGCAAAACCGAAGGCGAUGAGGGCGAGAAGGUGAAGAUCUUGGCAGAGGUCAAUCGCGGCGGGUUUGGCGCGAUAAAGGAGUGUGUGGGCAAGUGGCUGGAACGGAACGGAAGGGGCUGGGUUGCUAUGGAUAGUUUGUUUGGGUUUGCACUGAAGUCUAUGGUUUAGAGCUUGAGAAGACAGCUCAAGCAAAUUUGGAUUUGGCGUUUGGAGCGCGCGAUAUACACGAGAGAUUUACGCAUUUCAGCUACUGGUGUUUUGCAUGGUGGAAUGACUCAGACGUUAUUGGAUCGACUUCUUAAGUGCCUUCAUGUGGCUCCUCAGGCACAAUCGCAGAAGGACUCUUUACUUUCACAUUUCGCUCCAGUGUUGCAAUUUCUUCUUGGAACUGUUUCUGUGAUCCGGCCUUCAUGGCAUAUUCCUUCGCAGAACGCUAGAGUCCAGGUACGGAUAGCCACGAUGAGGACUGGAUAUAAUCGAAGAACCCAGACUGUCAGAUCAAUAUCAGACACGAGCGAG